AUGCACAUGUCGACAAGUGCCUGUUUGCUAUGUGGAAACAUAGCGCGGCGUUCCUCUCGAGGAAUCCAAUUCAGAACAAACGAAAACGCUCGCCGAUGGAUUUCAUUCUUACCUAAAUCGGAACCUUUUGACCUACCUCGAGUAGUUGUUGAUCUCGAUGCCUUCGAGAGUCCGCAUGUUCGGCCAUACCAAGAGAGGCCAAAGAGAGACCGCUUGGGUGUUGUGAGGAGGAAAAAGGGUCCUUUGACUCAGUCUAGGCAAGCUCUUCGCCAGAGGUUUCUCAUGGAUUCCGAUGUCACCACUCUCCGCGUCCUUCAUUAUGCUUUACUAGGCGAUCCACCUCCUUCAACCAAUGCCGGUUACUAUCGAGAGUUUCUGAACGCAAAUACUCGAAGUCUAAAAGACACUCCGCAAGAGAAGAUGAAGCAAUUGAUCUACAAACUGUCCACGGAUCCAGUGCAGAGUCUCGCGAAGGUGGGAUAUACAGAGGAGAACAAGGAGAAGAUCACGAAUGAGUUAUAUUCGUGCGAAAACCUUCCUAGGUUGACCAGUAUGGCAAUCAUGCUAUCGAGUACUAAGGAGGGUUGUCGAUUUCUUCUUCGGCACGAUAGUGGAUUGUUUCGUGGAAUAAAGAUGGCCCUCAAACACUCCCGUGGUACUCCAAGUUAUACGAUGCAAUUGCACGCGGCUCUUCAGCUUCUGAACAAUCUGCUCAGGAAUAUACAGUCAAGAAAACUACCAUCUGGGUUUAGAUUACCGAGUCUAGCACUCCGCUGCGCGGCACAACUACGUAUCUUGCCUGCAGUAAAGAGAUACCUGGGCUAUUAUAGAGUAAGAGAAUACCAGGGGCCGAAUUACCCUUUCCUUGAUGCGCUGCAAUCCUUGCAAAGAGCAUAUAUAAACAACGAGGAACUCAACAUCAUGCCGUGGAAAGACCAAUCAUGGCAUCAAAAAGAGCUGUUGAAGUUGAUAACUGGGUGGUCCUUAGGUGAUAGACCGCAGCCCGGCACUCCUCGAGGCAUGUCGUUUGCUCUGGUGAUUCAACCAGGAGCGCAAAACUACACUCACUAUAUCAUGGGGUUGGGAGAGAUGGGACUCGCCGACGCCAUCUGGCUGGAGUGGCAGAGUGUUAACAAAGCGAGAAAAACUGAGAGCGUAUCUUUCGAUGAACAAGUCUUUGCGAUGGCAUUACUUCUUGCCAAGCGACCCGAUCUCGCGAUACGGGUGCCACCGAAAAUAUCAAAACGCGACAUCUCCAUUCAACGAGAGACUUGGGAAACAGAUCUAGAAACCCGUAUUCGAGAUGUCAUCUUGGAGCAAUACAAAUUCCACAACCUGUUGCCUACCGAUGCUCUCAUGAAGAAAGUUGAGAAAGCGGUUAAUCGAUUAGGAUACAAACUUCGCAGCAACCCAGCCGAAGCGCUUGGGGAGGUGGAAGAUGUACUUGCUGUUGAUUUCGGGGUAUCAGUAGGAGGGAGACCUGUGAUAGAUUGGAAAGAGCUUACAGAUGGAUCUGAUGGGGUUGAGCCGAAGAUGGGAUUGGUUGCCACCCAGAACUCUACGGGAGAGAUUGUAUAUCAAAAGAUGGAAGGGACGCGUGCUCAUGGUGGAGUUGGGCCUAAAGAAGUGACACGGUCUUCUUUGCCCGCGAUACAGUCGGGGAGGAAACUACGACUCUCUACGCCUUCUGUUUGGUAG